AUGUCUGAUAAAUUGAAAGAAGAUGAACAAGAAGUAGAAGUGAAAGAUAAAGAAGAAGAAGAAAAAAAAGAGCCAGAAUUACCGCCCGAAGUCGAUGCUUUUUUUAAAGGUAAAAAUAAAUAUAAACAUCCAUAUGGUGAUUGGAAACCUGUUAUCAAAGUAGAACCAUUAAAACGUAAAACAUUUGGCGAUCAACUUGAUCUUCCAUCAGAUAAUUGGCAUUUACCUGAGAAUCAACCUGUAGCAAUUAUUCCAGAAAUAAAAGAUGAUUCUCACGUUAAAUUAGUUUUUAAAGAACGAGAAAUUACUGGAUUACCAUCGAGUUCAUCAGUAAAAUCAAAUGAAACAGCCGUAUUCAAAAAACGAAAAGCAACUUCAAAUAGACAAUUACGAGGUUCAAAUAAUAAUGAUCGCCAAAAGAAAAGCGAUGUAGAUGAAAGUUAA